AUGGUACCGACCAGCAUUUUGACCGUGGCAAUGGCUGUCGCCGCUACUACUCUGUCAGUAGUCGCGGCUCCUAUAAACGGUGACACAUCGUCCGCGUUUUCGACGGGGGCUUUCAACAAGGUUACAGUAGGACAGGUUCCCUCAGUACCCGGUUCGCUCCCUCGUCCUUUCAAUUUAACUACAUCCGAGGCCGAUUCUAUACGGAAGAGGGCAGGGCACACAUCUACUUCGUCGCGUCUUGGCAGGCGUAAGCUCACUACGCCAAAGAUAUCGUCGGGUGACGUGGCGACGGGUAUCACUGCUGGGUCUACAUCGUCAUCUAAUACCGAUUCCCGAAAGCAACGCGACGUCAACGAAGCUGCGCAACAAAUCAGAUCGCUCCUUGCAAUCGCGAAAUACGUGAAUAGCGUUCAGAGACGUGACGAAUCGGUGGCGGACAAUAGCGAUUUCUCACUUUCUGGACUCGAGCCUAUCCUGAAAGGAGCAGGCGACUUCAAUCUCUCGAGCAUUUUCAGGAGAGACGACGAUGGAACUGUGGCAGAUAACAGCGAUAUUUCGCUGAGUGGACUCAAGCCUAUCAUAAAAGAUGCGGGGUCGGUCCUUGGCGACUUGCCAUCUUUCAAUCUUUCCAGCAUUUUCAGGAGAGACGAUGGUGAAACGGUGGCAGAUAACAGCGAUAUUUCGCUUAGUGGACUCAAGCCUAUCUUGAAGGAUGCGGGGUCGGUCCUUGGCGACUUGCCAUCUUUCAAUCUUUCCAGCAUUUUCAGGAGAGACGACGAUGGAACGGUGGCGGAUAACAGCGAUAUUUCGCUUAGUGGACUCAAGCCUAUCAUAAAAGAUGCGGGGUCGGUCCUUGGUGACUUGCCAUCUUUCAAUUUUUCCAGCAUUUUCAGGAGAGACGACGAUGGAACGGUGGCAGAUAACAGCGAUAUUUCGCUCAGUGGACUCAAGCCUAUCAUAAAAGAUGCGGGGUCGGUCCUUGGCGACUUGCCGUCUUUCAAUCUGUCGAGCAUUUUCAGGAGAGACGACGAUGAAACGGUGGCAGAUAACAGCGAUAUCUCGCUUAGUGGACUCAAGCCUAUCCUGAAAGAUGCGGGGUCAGUCCUUGGCGACUUGCCAUCUUUCAAUUUUUCCAGCAUUUUCAGGAGAGACGACGAUGAAACGGUGGCGGAUAACAGCGAUAUCUCGCUUAGUGGACUCAAGCCUAUCCUGAAAGAUGCGGGGUCAGUCCUUGGCGACUUGCCGUCUUUCAAUCUGUCGAGCAUUUUCAGGAGAGACGACGAUGAAACGGUGGCGUAUAACAGCGACAUUUCGCUCAGUGGACUCAAGCCUAUCAUAAAAGAUGCGGGGUCGGUCCUUGGCGACUUGCCAUCUUUCAAUUUUUCCAGCAUUUUCAGGAGAGACGACGAUGAAACGGUGGCGUAUAACAGCGACAUUUCGCUCAGUGGACUCAAGCCUAUCAUAAAAGAUGCGGGGUCGGUCCUUGGCGACUUGCCAUCUUUCAAUUUUUCCAGCAUUUUCAGGAGAGACGACGAUGAAACGGUGGCAGAUAACAGCGAUAUCUCGCUUAGUGGACUCAAGCCUAUCCUGAAAGAUGCGGGGUCAGUCCUUGGCGACUUGCCAUCUUUCAAUUUUUCCAGCAUUUUCAGGAGAGACGACGAUGAAACGGUGGCGGAUAACAGCGAUAUCUCGCUUAGUGGACUCAAGCCUAUCCUGAAAGAUGCGGGGUCAGUCCUUGGCGACUUGCCAUCUUUCAAUCUUUCCAGCAUUUUCAGGAGAGACGAUGGUGAAACGGUGGCGGAUAACAGCGAUAUCUCGCUUAGUGGACUCAAACCCAUCCUACAGGAUGCUGGUUCUGUCAUUGACGACUUACCAUCUUUCAAUCUCUCGAGCAUUUUCAAGAGAGAUAGUGAGCUGGUGUACUAG